AUGCAGGCUCUGGACGAGGAAAUUAAGCAGCCUUACGUGAACGAGAAACCAGAAUUCGACCAUGUCGAAACACUCAAGCCUACGACUGGGAAGGAUGCGCCGGUUCAAAUGACGUUGCACUCUGCAUCCCAGGAUCUUAACACUCUGCAGGCAUUGCGAAGUUUCUGGAAGCCCAGUUUGAUAGCCCUGGCUCUUGCAUUCGCCGCCGCCGCCGAUGGGUACCAGGUGGGUCUGAAACGACAUUGGCUGAUAGCAAAUAUCUAUGAAGGCUUCAUCCAAACGAUGUCGACUGAGACCGACGCAGCUGGAGCGCCCAUCAUCUCCGCACCUGUGUUGGCAGCCAUUACAUCCGUCAUUUCAGCGGGUCAGAUCCUCGGUUUUCUGCAAAUCCCAUUCGUGUCGGAUAGGUUCGGGCGAAAAUGGGCGAUGUACCUGAUGCUCCUCUACCUCGCCAUUAGUUUGUUCUGUCAAUCAUUCGCGAGUGACUGGAAACUAUGGCUCGUCGGAAAACUGUUCGGAGGUAUUGGCGUCGGAUGCCUUCAGCUCGUUGCGCCAACUUACAUCGCGGAGAUCGCACCCAUCCGGCUCCGAGGCGCUCUCAUAGCCUCGUAUAGCAUCUGGUUCGCGAUCGGUCAGCUGUUUGCUCCAGUCGCUUUGAACCAGCUGGGAAAACAAGAUCCAUACGAGUGGAAGAUUCCCGUAUACACUCAGUGGGGAACGCUCGGCCUGAUGAUACUACUCAUCCUCUUCUUCGUGCCAGAAAGUCCAUGGUGGGCCGCGACGCAGGGCAAGCAUGAAUUGGGGCGCAAACUACUCCUUAGAAUAAAUGGCGACGUGAAAAACUAUGUCAUCGAUGUCGAGUAUGACAUUUUGAUCCGGACGGUUCAGCUCGAGGCUGAACAUAGCCGCCAGGCCAAGGCUCUGGGCGCUACCGCCAUCUUUAGAGGUUCCAACUUGAGACGAACUCUAGCAGCAGGGUGGGCGCUCUUUACUACCCAACUCUUAGGCCUAGCAUUCCUUUACACAUAUGUCGUGUUGUUCUUCCAACUUGCCGGCCAAACCGACGUCUUUCGAACUACCAUCAUCACCAGCUGCGUUUCGAUCGCUGGAGCCUUGGUGGCCAUCCUUGCACUUGAUAAACUUGGACGAUAUUGGUUGAUCAACGGGAUGCUAAGCUUUGCUGCAAUCGUGCUAUUGAUUAUCGGUCUGGUCGGAACCAUAGGCGAGAUCGAUACUGCUCGCGCCAAUGGCUUGAUUUUUCUUGCUUGCAUGUGGUUCUUCGCGAUGUCCUUCAAUUCCGCUGCCGCCUAUACGAUGUUGGCGGAAGUGCCGUCCGCCGAAUUGAGAAGCAGAACAGCGGCAUUUGGUUCGAUGACGGCAUCGCUCAUCGGGCUGGUUUUCACCGUCGUGACCCCAUACAUGAUCAACCCGAACCAAGCCAAUUGGGGUCUAAAAACCUGCUAUUUCUUUUUCGGUCUCUCGGCUCCUAUGGUUAUUGGCGGGUGGUUCAUCAUCCCUGAAACCGCCCGCCUUUCGCCAGCAGAACUGGACGAAUUAUACGAAUCCGGCAGCCCAGUCUGGAGAUUUUCCAAGACUAUCACCAGAGCGCAAGGUACGACAACCGACGAGGCUCAUCCCUCCGUCGAUGUUGACCAAUAAGGUCUAGGAACACAAGCGCCCAAAUCCCUUCGACAUCCUUCUGUGUCAUUGACGCGUGCUCGGCUGUUGAACUUGUUUUGAAAUUCGUGUAUUGAUUGCGAAGAUAGUACCGUACAAGCAGACCCUUGAUUGUAAGAGACAUUCGGCAAGAGAGAAUUGUGUAUUUGUGGUAUCAUCAAAUUGCAGGUUGUUAUCUCUCUUUUUACACGUAACACCUCAUUCAUGCC